AAUAAGGGAGCGUAUUUCAUGGCAGUAAGGUUAGCUUUCUCCCGUUCGUCAAUCAAUUGUGGCUCUAACACAAAGCUGGCUAGAAGCUGUAGCAUUCUGGGUGGGCCUGGACAACUGCGGGCUAGAAGCGGUGCAAAGACUGAUACAUUGGGCGUUUGGGAAGUAUCUAGGCCAGUGUUGACGGUAGCCGGCGGUGUUGGGAUGAUGAACAGCGGCUUGUUGCUGCGCCCCAUGACGGAGAAGGGCACCAGGCGGCCCAAGUGCGCCCGCUGCCGCAACCAUGGCAUCGUCAGCUGGCUGAAGGGACACAAGCGCCACUGCAGGUACCGGGACUGCACCUGUCCCAAGUGCAACCUUAUCGCGGAGAGACAGCGUGUCAUGGCCGCACAGGUGGCUCUGAAGAGACAGCAGGCCGCCGAGGACGCCAUCGCCAUGGGCCUGAGGGCCUGCUCGCCCGGCUACCUGCCUCCCGGCCCGAUCUGGCCAGACUCACAGUCCGAUGAACCAAACAGCACGGACGGGCCUGACAGGGACGACGAUGGCAGGGAGAGUAGCGGUAAUACGGACGACAGCUGCAGUGAGAGGGACGAGACGUCCCCUGACAGAGGAGGCGCCGCACAGGACAGAAGAACGUCGUCCUCCAGUGGCGACACCGCCGCCUUCAGCUCCAAGUUCGCCCCGGACAGUUCCGAAGUCUCCGCCGGGUUUCGGCCAGGCCGGCUCAGCCCGAUAGAGAUCCUGCAGCGCAUCUUCCCACUACAGAAGAGAAGCGUGUUGGAUCUCGUGUUGCAAGGAUGCAACGGCGACCUUGUCAAAGCCAUAGAACAUUUCCUGAAUGCCAACGAAGCAGUGCUAGCGAGCUACCCGGGCCUCCCUAGCAAGCCUCCCGAGGCGGGGUUGUCUCUCCCCGGCAGUAGUGGCACGGCGUUCCGUCCUCCAGGGAACACAGUCGGACACGAGGAGACGAAAUCAGCCUUCUCUCCUUUUACUACACACCAGCCGCCACAGUUCCUGUUUUCACCUCGCAUAGCACCGUUUUCAGUGGACGCACUUCUGGGUCGGCCCUACGGCCUGUUCCCGCACGGCCGUGUACCGGUACCGGACAGCGCGUCCCGGCCCGAGCACACCCCCACCCUGUCCAUGGCCAUGGGCGGGCUCCCAUCGUUCGUGUCCCCGGCAGGGAAGCCGGCUGUCUCCGGGGCUGAGUUAGCGGGGGCGAGACUGUGGCUUCCCUGGACUGCGUGCGCCCCGCCGGCCGCCCUCAGCUCACACAAGCUGCAAGAAGAGAAGGACAAAGAACACAGCAAAUAACCCGGACGGCCCUGGUAACUACAUCUGUAAAUAAAUUUCCAGAAAUGACAUGAGACAAUGAACAUUUUUUCAAACUUUAUGAAGUGAUUCAAUGACUUUCCAGAUAAUUUUCAAUGCUAGCUUGUUGGUUGGUUGAAGUAAUGAAUGUAUUCUGACAACUCAGCUCUUGACUUGUGAUCGGCAAGGGUGGCCCCAGAUUUGGCCAUUUAUAUUAUCCAUUGCUCAGUGUUUUCAAAUCUCGGGUUAAACCCCAUUUACACUUUCGUAUAUUCAAGUCCGUAUGAGGUUUGUAUCGACAUUAUUUUGGCUUUCGUAAACUUUUCGGGAAAGAAGUUAUUUCUACUUUUAUCCCACUGUUGUAAAGCCUAAUUAUCUAUCCAAAAAUACUACUAGUACUUCUUCGGCCUCAAAUUCUUAUCUACGAGAAAAUAAUGUCAAUUCGCAACUCAUGUACUAAAUUACUAUUAGUACAUACGGACUUGAAUAUCUGUACAAUUUAAUGUGAACAACCGGGGCUUUAGUUUUUCUUUUCUCGUCAGAUUCUUUCGUGUAGUGUCAUGUUAAUUGUUAGCUUGUAAGUCUUCGCCAUCGACUUUUUUGUCUGAUUUGAUAUCUUCGUCGAAAAGUCUUAAGUCCACCCAACGACACAACAAACUGUUUCGUUUUCCAUCCCUUUCAAUCAGGUUAAAUGUGGUAACGAAGUUCGUAUAUUAUGUCAACCGUUCUCUGAUGAAAACCUGUGUAUGUGCAUUUGGUAACGUUUUAUGUUUCCAAUGUGCCUUUGCUGUUUAAGAAACUUGACGAGUGAUAUUAAAAAGCUGAAGAAUGUUGAGA